UAUGAUCAUAGAGUGUUAAUCGGAAGUCACUAGUGCUGAAAAUCCUUCUACAACAAAAAAGAAGAAAAAGGAGAUUAAUUUAAUAACACUCAGAAUAUUGCAUGAUUAAUUCAAUAACUCCCAAGCCAUUACAUGAUCUUUUUCUCUGUGAACUCUCGGGAGACCCUCUCGUUAAAUGUGGGUUAAUUGUGUUCCAUGAUACAAUCCCCGUUAUCCAGCUUUUGAUCACAGUCAGUUUCAUGUAUGACCCCUGUGACCUUUGAGAAUAAACAACAGCAGCAGCUUUGUAGAUAUCCCAGAGUUCCUCAGCAUAUGGCCAAUCACUCAGAGUGAAGCUGGUGGAUGUGCGUGUGUUUUUCUCAGCACAAAAAAAUACUUCACUGCCAUGUUUAACUUGAAGCUUGGCAGAGGAAAGCAUGAAGUGUUCUUGAUUUUGGGGUUGUUUUAGUGACAAAUCUUCAGGUUUGAUAUCAUGCAAGGAUUACGGCACCACAGUGCUGCUAGUCCUAGACCGCGGGUUAAAUAUGGCUUAACAGUUGGAACUGUAGGACAUCACUUGGAAAAUAGAUCCCAGGAUUUGGACCCAGCUACUCCACAAACCUACACCAGAAUUAUUCCAUCUGAUGAAUAUGACUACGAAUUAACCUACAAAAAAGAUGAUGGACAUAACAAAUCAAAAACAUCCAUAGAUAAAGGAAAACGCGGGAUAAAUGGAGAAAGUCGAACAAGUGACUGGCACCACGAAUACAACAGACUAAAAGCCCAGUGUGAGCGAGCCAUGAGUGAGGUACAGUCACUCAAGAGGUCUCAAGAGGAGACAAUUCGUAGGUGUGAGCAAGCAAUGCGAGAGUCCGAGUCGAAUCGACAGAGGUACAAGGCAACUCUCGGAAAUCUCCAACAGUCCAAAGAGGAAAUUGAACAUUUACAUUCAGAAAUUAAAAAGUUAGAGUCUGAGAAAGAGAUCUUAGAGCAGGACUUACUGAAUUACAGAAAUCUGCAGGAUGAGGAUAAGCAGGAGAUAGCCGAUUUACACAAACAGUUACGGACAGUUAUUUCUGAGAAAGGGUCGACUGACGGAAUUGCAAGGAUUUACGAGGAAACUUUGAAAAAGUAUGAAGUGUUAAAGGAGGACCAUGAUCUACAUAGGAAAGAAUACACAGAAAUUUUCACAAAACACAAUGAACUGCUGGCUAAAUUUGGUCUUUGUAAGGAUGAAAAUCUAAAACUACUGAAACAGAAUGAAGCAUUGACAAGGGAAAGGGAUAACUUAAAUGUGGACAGGAAUAUUUACAAACAACAGUGUACAUCUGCAAUCAGGGACCUGGCCAAAGUGACACAGCAGCGGGAUGAAAUGAUGAAGGAUUCAAAUCAUUUACUUUCCAUUCAAAAACAAAAGUUUGAGGCAGUGGCAAAAGAAAGAGAUGCUGCAAGAAAUGAAUACAAUCUUGUUUGGGCAGAAAGGGACAGUGUUCACAAAGAAAUUAACCAGCUUCAGGACAAGUUGAAUGAAGUGACACAGAAAAAUCAGGCUUUAGAAAUGGAGAAGAAGAAGUCUGAAGAGGGACUGGAGAUGUUAAGACGAGAGCUUCUGACGGCAAUACAGCAGAAAGAGGAAGCCCAGAAAGCUCUGGACGAUGCACAGAAAAGGUACGGUGAUGUUAAGUCUAAAAACGAUGAUCUAGAAAAUCAGCGAGAUGAUUUUAGAAAGGAUUAUGUGAUGGUGACACAAGAAAGGGACAUUGCUCGCAAAGAAAGACAUGAAGCAAUUAAAGAUCGUGAUCGGAUAUUGCGAGAAACCUAUGAAAGGGAGAGAACUCAGAAGGAACAGGCAGAGGAGAUUGACCAAGUUUCCAAAGAAACCGAGGCCCUGAAAAAGAUCAUUGAGAAGUUACAGCAUGACUUGACAGAUGCUAAAACGGAGGCUGAUAAAUCUAAGAAGAAUCGGGACUGGGCACUCGGUGAACGCGACAAGAUAGUACAGGAAAGAGAGGGGAUCCGGUCCCUGUGUGAGAGCCUGAGGCACCAGAGGGAUAGAGCCGUUAGCGACAAAGCUCAGGCCCUGAGGGACUAUGACAACAUCAAGAAAGAAAAAAUGGAGGCCUGCAAAGAGCUCAAAGAAAUCAGGGAAAAAUAUGAGACCAUAAUGGAGAAAGAGGCCAGAAAGAACCAACUGAAUGGUGUGGGGCACAACCACAGUCGUGACUCUGCCAUUGAUGCUGACUUACAGGAACUGGAGACGGAGACCGUACAGGUGGAUAUUAGAGGCCUGACUCCUGACAACCUCGGCUUUGACAUAGUGGGAGGGAAGGAUGACCCUGUGCUUCCAAAUGAUUACGCAGUAUAUGUCAACCAUAUUGUCAAAGGAAGUGUAGCAGACGGCAAACUCAAGAUCAGCGAUGUGGUGUUGAAGAUCAAUAACAUGGAUGUGACAAAUGUGGACAAACGAACAGUUCUACAGUCACUGAAGAAUUCAUCCCAAGUGUCAUUGCUGGUUAGAAGAAGGCGCUGUGUAACACCCAGAAUUUGGCAGCCAAUUCAGCUUAGUUUAUCAUUGGGAAAGGAUAUGGGUAUAUUCAUUGAGCAAGGAUUGUACAUAGCUCGUAUUGUCCCUGGAUCUACUAUUGCCAAGGAAGGCAUGCUAUCCACAGGGGACAGAAUCAUCUGUGUUAACGGUACAUCAGUGGAGAAUCUUACUCCAGCUGAACUGAUGAAGCUCCUUCAGGGAUGUUCUGACCCUGUGUCCAUUGAAGUGUGGAGACAGAUGUCACCUUUCAACUCUGCAGGCUCCUCCCCAAUCCCUGUCAAUCAUAAGGAAACUUGUCAGGACUCUGGUGCUCAGCUCUCACAAGCAUUCACAAAAAAUGAGGACUUAAAACAUAAUGUAUGGGACGGAAGUGAUACAUUGGAGAAUCCCAAAAAUUCUGGCAAGGUCAAAACCAGCAGUUCUCAAACAGACAAUUUGAACAGUAGUCCAGGAUCAAAUGACUGGACUGUGAAGGGCUCCAAAAGUGAAAAAGAUCUGGACAACCAUAAAUCUAAAAAUAGUCACAGACUUGAAAAAGCUCUUGGAAAGAUUUUUAAGCCCAAAUCGAAACACCAUGAUCGACACGACCAUGAUGACAUAAGUAAAAGACAUACUUCUACUAGACCUACUUCAACCAUAAAUGACAAUGUGCUUCUUGAAUUCAGCUUGGCAGACCAAAAUGGAAAUCAUGGAACAGGACACAGAAAAAAUGUUCAAAAACGUGAAUUUGACAAUGAAAACAGUGGAACGUGGCCAAAAUGUUACAAAAUGCAGCCAAUGAAACAAGGGACUGUUAUGAUGCCCUCACCACAGAAGUACCCAGAGAGACCAUCAAUAACAAACUUCUUCAUAAAGGGGCCUGAGAAAAUCCCCCCCACUCCCCCCGAGAGGACCGAGGCUUCACAUAUAGCAGUGAAACAGAGUCCUCAUCACAGUCCACAGAGCAGUGACUCUACAAUCAAACAGUCCAACUCCCCAAUACAUUCUCCCCCCAUAAGUACCAAAUCAGCGUCAUAUCUACACAGUAAUAACUCCAGUUUACAUCCCAAUCCCGCUCCUUUUGUGUUUAAUCCUGACAAUGCCAUUCCAAAUAACUAUGGUGUUAAGCACCUACCACCUAAGACAAAGAAACGCCCUCCCUCUAGUCACCAUAACCAUUAUGAUGCCCCCAAUAUUCCUCCAAGAGAGGCAUGGGAGCUUAGUAGAGCACGAAAUCGCACGAGAUCUGCAGAAAAGGACAGGCCACAUUGGCACAGUGCUAACUUGUCUCCGUUCAAUCCUUCUAGUCAGUUUCAUUCCUCUAAUGACUCCUCUGUGAGUGGGACAGGACUGCCUACAGGAGAAUACCAGCCCGGGCAGUCCAUGUUUCCAAGUGAUUUCUCAGCAUUUAAUUCUCCACCACCAUUUCAUGAAAGGCCCAUUGGACAUGGCUACAGAAUGUCACAUAACAGUGGUGGUUCCUCUUUGGUUGUGAGACCCAACCCUCAUUAUAAUUCAGUCCAUGGCAGCCAGACAAGUGCCCCUGUGGCUGUUAGCCCCUCCUUCUCCCCGAGUUAUAACUCCCCCCAGGGUUCAUUUCCAGACAUAGAGCCCCGGCGAUCUCCCUUUGACUACUGUAAUUCCCCUUGUCCUUCAGUCAUUAGCUCUACCAGUGAUCCGUAUAGCUACAUUCCAAGUAGGGCUUCAUCAGAAAAAACUGUGUCAGACACAGAUGGAUCAGCCAAGACCCCCUACACAAAGAACAACUCCAAAAGGAUCUACAUACCCCCUGUGAAAACCAGCAAAAACUCCUCAGGCUCUGUAGAAGUUGUUGCAGCAAGAACUAGUCCUACAUCACCUAGCUAUUCAGAAGAACCAAUCACAAGUUCAGAGUCUCUCCACAGCAGAAGAAGAAAGCCUCUGAUGGGAGAGACCAGGAAGAUAAACGUAGAGAGGAACUCCCAGACGGUGGGGUUUUCUAUAGGGAGUGGUCCUCAGGGGGGCGUGUUUGUCUCCUCCGUACAGGAAGACAGUCUGGCCAUGGAGGCAGGGCUAGUGAUCGGAGACCAACUCCUAGAGAUUUGUGGAAUAAACAUGAGAACAGCCACAGAAGAUAUGGCAGCUAAAUUCUUACGACAAACUGGGAACACCCUUAGUCUAUUGGUCCAGUUUAAUCCUGAUGAGUAUAACAACAGAGGUGCUGACUCUUCAGGGGAGAGCACUGGGACUUCUCCAAUGAAUUCUCCAGUGUCAGACACAUUUAGACCAAGCAGAAAAAUUAGUUCAAAGUCCAGCACUCACAUCAGAAUACCCAGCUCUGAUUUGCCGUCUGAACCAUCCAGAUACAUUACAGCAAGGAAAUCAUUACCCAAUGAGAACUUGGGUAUUUCCAUUAUUGGUCAAGCCAACUUUGGAAUAUUUGUCAAAGAAGUCCUACCCAACAGCUGUGUGUUUGGACACGAGGGACUGAGGUGUGGAGACCAAAUCCUGGAGUACAACAAUUUGGAUUUUUUAACAAUUACCCUGGAAAAGGCUUCAACAGAACUGAACAAACCCUGUGCUUUUGUUAGAAUGCAAGCACAGUAUAAUCCUGCAAAAUACAGGCAGUUGUGUAACCAGUUUAGCAGCGAGUCUUUUUAUGUGAAGGCUCACUUUGACCACAAGCCGACUGGAGAGGGUGAGCUGGGCUUCAGGAGGGACGACAUCAUGCUGAUCGAGAACACGCUGUACGACGGGAAACCCGACAACUGGUUUGCCUGGUUAGUGGAUGAUGACGGCCAUAAACUGAAAUGUAAAGGAAUCAUUCCAAGUCAGGACAAGCUAGAGAUGGAGCUGAGGCGGAGCUAUUCAGAGAGCCAUAGUCUCCAUGAUUCGGAGGAAAUCCGCGGAUCUACCAGACGGAUGUCCGGAUCAGCCCGGAGUAGUUUCUUCAGAAGGAAGGCCAAGCACAAGAGGAAUAACUCCAAAGACAGUCGUGAAUUCAAUUCAUUCUCGGAGACGUCACUCACCAGCGAUUCUGUGCCCGUCCUUGAAGAUCUGGCAUUUAACAAAUACACAAAGGUGGAGAGGAUGGAAUAUAAGGAUACCAGACCAGUGAUUCUGUUAGCUCCAUUGGCCGAUUCCCUCAUUAAGAAACUGGUGGCUGAGUCUCCAGACAAGUACAGCACUGGGCAGCCAGCUGUUAUGCCGCAGACUAAGCCGGUGAUGGAACAAGGUCUGGCAGAUGGUAUUUAUAUCGACUACUGGCAGGAAGAGGACAAGUUCCAGUGUAUCAGAACCGCGGCCAUCAAAGAAAUCUGUGAUCAGGGUAAGCACUGUCUGUUGAACAUCAGUCCUUCAGCCAUUGAACGUCUCCAUAGAUUACAGAUCUACCCCAUUGUUGUGUUCGCCAGACACAGAUCACAUAAACAGCUUAGGGAGAUCACUGAUCCCCAAUUCCAUUCCCAGAAACUCAGCGCUAAAUCGGCCAAGGAUCUGUAUGAUAAAUUCCAGAGACUAGAGAAGGAUUAUCAGCACCAGUUCUCAGCUAUAAUUCAAGGUGGCAAUUUGGCAGAAAUGCACCAGCAAGUUAAGACUGUGAUAGCAAAUGAACAGAAAAAGGCCAUCUGGGUUCCCGUUUGUCCCCGAGUGUGAAAGGGGGCAUCUACAGGUCAACAUAGAUCUGUCUGUAAACCUUAAACCAAGGAACUGUUUUGUCUGAGAGUGUCAUCAGACAUGUUCAGAAGAUUCAGAUUCAUUCAUUAUGUUGUACUUAUGUGAGGUCUGUUAAUAUUCUAGUCUUUAACAAUACAAGGAUUUUUACCAAAUAACACUUACAUACUAUAUUGUAUGGCUGUCUCAUAGGAGAAGGAGCAAAGAACUUGAUUGGAUUCAGCAGUGUGCAAGUCUUUGUUUAGUAUAUAAUUAUUAUUUUUCAUUCCUUUUCAUGUUUUUAAGGAUCAUGAUGAAAAUUGUCCAUAAAUAUUUACGUCUUGUUUAAUUCUGUGAUAACUGAUGUCUACGGACACACUUUGGUGUUGUGACCUAGUUUCUGUAUUUAGUGGUGCAUGAGCAAAAAUAGUGCAUUAUUAAUAAGAAAUUUUGCUGUGUUUCUUAAAAGAUUUUUUUUAUUCAUUUUUUUAAGUGUAGCUUUGGAAGAUUUAUUUUUUUGUUCUGCUUUUAUUAAUAUGUUGGCAUUGACACAAACCCAUCUCGGGUUCAUGGCAACCUGCUGUAAAAAGUGUUUAUAGUAAUAAUCCAUUCCAGUCCUUGAUAACAAUAACUAAGACCAAAACAAAAGCUAAAUCAAAUUUAAAUUUUCAAUAGAAAAAAAAAUAAAUAUAUGUUGAAAACAGGUCAUAGCUGAACAAAACUAUUAUUCCUAGAAUUAGUUUCAUGAAUUUGGUUUUUGUGUAAAUUGGGUAGGGAGAGGAAUAAUUAUUGGGGGCUUUAUGAAGUUCUUGGUCAUACAUACACAUUUUAUCAUGAAUUUUACACAGUAUAACUGUUCAUACUUUGAUCUCAAACAGCAGGCGGCUAGUGGGUCAGAAUUAGCUUCCUUUAUUUUAAAUGUUAAAUGUUGUGUGCAGUUUUCUCUGAGGCAUUCAGUUUAUUUUAGUUGUGAAGAUCUUUUAUUAUUUUAUUUGAUGUAAAUUAUCAGCAAAAAUAGUUGGUAUGAGAAGAAAUGGGUGAAGUCACUAUGAUUUUUUUUUUGCAUAAUUUGUUAUAUUUCAGUAUAGAUUUACAUAAAAUUAUUUGACAGUGUUUUAUAAAUGUAUUUAAUGUAACAAAGUUGUGAUCUAAUUUCAGAUUUUAUCUACUGGUUUUGUAGAUAUUUUGUUUUUAUUAGGCACAUCUUUUUUCAGAUUCAGAAUUGCUUACUUGUUUGUUAUUUUUUUUUCGGUAGUUUGCUUAUUUUCGUAAACAGUGAAGUCAGCAAUUCAUAGAAUAGCAAGGGCAUAGAUACCUGGGUAAAAAGAUGGUAAAUAACUUUAUGUACAUUCAAAUUCCUGUUAUAGUUAAUCAGGGACAUUGCACUAUAGAAAAUGAGAAAUAAAAAUUGGGAAAUGCA